AUGACGUCUACACCCCGGACGUCGAGAAACAUGCAGGAUGCAGCGACUACGCCGCAUCGACGCUCGCAAAUCGAGCUACUCGACCAACUCAACACCCUCUUCGACAACUACCUCCCGUCCGGCUCUCGUCCGACAUCCCCUCUCAUCCCCACCCUUGGCGAUGCUCCCUCUCCCACGCCCGACCAGCCCCGCACAGCACCUCUCAGACUACUCCCUGACCUCCUCGCUGCGUUCGAGCAGAAGAGAGGGGUCCAGCUCCUCACGUUCGAGGAGAAGAUGCAGUUGAGAGGGAUGGUCGAGGCGUUGCCAGAGGGGAUGGAGGAUCAGCCUUUUGGUGUCGAACAGGUGUUGCAGUUGUUGGUCAACAUGGGCGUAGCGGGUAGCGGGACGAGCGAGGACGUGAGUGGGUCGACGACGCCGGCUGGCGAUCCUCCCGCCUUGACGGACCAACCUCCGCCUCGUAUCGACCCGACGUUCCUCGCUACAGCCGAAGGCUCCCCCGUCGCGCGCCAUCGCCGCCUCCCCUCCUCCGCCUCGACAAGCCAAAUCCCCAUCCCCUCCUCCUCCUCAGCAUCCCUCCUCUCCGCCUCCGCAGCAACCGCCGCCUCGCGCCGCCGUUCCCUCAUGUCAUCCCUCUCGCGAGCUUCGCCCUCCUCUUCAAAGAGCCUAAGGAAGAAGAGGACGUUCGAGGACUUGUCGGCUAUGGUCGUCGCGCAGGGGGGAACGUACCUUGGUGUUGAGCUGGUAGGGCCGAUGGGAGAAGGGUGGGAUGCGAGUGCGGUAGCGGCGAGAGUGAGAGAGGCGAUGGGCAGCAAAGGACCGGCCCGCGAACGCAACCUCGUCGCCUCCCUCACGCCCCUCACGUUCCCGCAACUCAAAGCGCUCGACAAAGCGUAUGCGGCAGGGACCGCUCAAGGCCUUGGCAAGGGCAAGACGCUGCUCGAGACGGUCUCGGCGGAGAAAGCGUUCAAGGGGAACGUCGAGUUUGCGCUGAGGGGCUUGUUGAUGGGACCGCUUGCUUGGGACGUCUGGCUGCUGCAAAAAGCGCUCGACUCGGCUACCGUCAACGAGACCCUACUCAUUGACCUCUUCAUCGGCCGCCCGCCCUCAGCCUUGACGCUCCUGCGCGCAGCCUACACCCACCGCCUCUCCGACCGCAACUUCUCCAGCGCAACCGCCUCACCCAGCUCGGCCUCAACGACCCGUUCGCUCGACGUUGCCAUCCUCUCAGCCUUCUCCGCCAACGUCCGCCUGCGGAAAGCCUGGGAGGUUGCGUUGCGUGGGAGAUGGGAGGACUGCGACGGGGAUGAGGAGGGUGACGAGGGCGAAGCGAGUGCGCCGACGAGCCCGGUCAGCAAGGAGGAGCGCGAGGAGCGCAAGGCGAGAUUGUUGAAGGAGGACCUCGAUCAGCUCAAGGUUGCGCUUCGUCGAGGCGGCAAUAUCGAGAUCGUCUCGAAGAUCCUCCUCGCUCGCUCUCCCACACACAUGCACGCCCUCGUCAUCGAAUACCGCAAGUCGACCGCCGGCCACUCGACCCUCACCAAAGCGAUCAAGCAGUGCAUCCCGUCCGGCACGCUGCAGAAGCUUUUUCUCCACGCCGUCGAGAACGCCAAAAAUGUGGGCGAGGGGAAAGCGGCGGGUGCAGGUGUCGGCGUGUGGAGGGACGCGAAGUUGCUGGAGAAGGCGAUGGAGGCGGACAAGGGCGGGCGACGUGAGGAGCUCGUCUGGCGACUCAUCCGUGCCCAUUGCGAUCGGCCUCGUUUUCUCGCGGUUCAACAAGCCUACAAGACCAAGUACCGCAAGACCCUCGGCGACCGCCUCGAGUCUGCCCUGCCAAGUGGUGUUCUGCGCGACCUCGCCAGCGGUCUCGUUGCAUCGGCUGCGCUCCCGGAACCGCAGCCGUCCGAGGCAGAGGUCGGCCAAGUCGAUGACCCUGCCGGGCCCGACUCGCUUCGCGCCCGCACAACGAGUUCGACGAGUCUCCUCAGCGUCGACUCGGCCCUUUCGGAGAAGGCAGACGAUCGUUCGUCCGAUGGUGAAGGACGAAGCGGCACCGAAGCUGCCGAACUCGAAGCGGAAGGCGAGCUGUCCGACCCGCCUUCUCCUCGCUCGCCGCCUACCGCCAUGAAGGCGACUGCGGACGACGGCGCAGACCAGUUCGUCGAGGAUUCUCGCGCCUCGCCGGAUGCGAGCCUGUUCUCGCCAACGGAGGCCGGACCUCAGACCCCCGGCAUGCCUUUCGCCGCCGACUCGCCCGAUCAAAGUCGCUCCACCUCCGCGCUUAGUCACCGCAGCGACGGCCACCGACCAUCCUCCUCGCUCUCGUACCGUCAGCGGUCGACUCCGCUCGAGUCGCAUCAACCGCCCUCCUCGGCCGGCGGCAGCGCAGACAGUAGCAAGCUGUCGAGCUCGCUGCGGCAUGCUCGACCUAUCGCACCGUCUCGAGCGAAACGCAGGCAGAGUGAGGAGAUUGCCCGCAAGGAGCGUCAGGCGAGCGAGGAGCCGCUCAGCCCGACAGAAGGGCGAGUGCUCAGUCCGACGCCUUCCGCCACCUCGAGGGCAUCUCUGUCGCGUUCGGCUUCUUCCACUGGCGACAUCUCGCUGGGCAGCUCAACGGGAUCAGUCGGUUCGGCGUCCAUCAGCAUCGGGAAUGGCGGAAGGCGCUCGUCCCUCGCUCCCAGCGACUCGGCUUUCGGCUCUCCGCCGUCGAGCAUCGACACGACAUCCUUCUUCACGACGCCACUCUCGCCUAUCCGGGACGAAUCCCGGCCCUCCUCGUCCUUCUUCCCGGACCAGCUCGCGACGCCCCCGCCCGCUUCACCACCCGCUUUUGACCCGUCUGCGGCGCGCAGCGACUUCUUCGCAACAGCCGGCGCAACGCCCGACCCGCCCGAGCGAUUCUUCACCGCCAUGCGCCGCGAUCCUUCGAACGCCUCGAGCGCCGCCAGCAGCAGUCGCCCCGCGAGUCUCUUCGGCGAAGGCGGCCUCGACACGCUCCUCACGACCGGCAGUCCCGCGGCGCAAGCGAUGGAGCGCACGACGUCCGAGCAGUUCCAGCAAUUGGUCCGGCACGCACAAGACCUCGCUCGCAAGCUUAAGGAGAAUGAGGCUCGCUUCCAAGCCAGCGCGGCAGCCUACGAGCAAGAGGUGUCGGAUCUCGAGGCGCAGAUCGAGGAGGUUCGUGCAGAGCUGCAGACGAAGCGCCGCGAGGAGAAGGAGCUCCGAAGCGUCGAGAAGGAGCAUCUGCAGCAGAUCAGCUCGCUCGAAGCCGACAUCACCAAGCUCACGAAGAGUCUUGAGCGGAGCCGCGAGGCUUACGACAGCAUGAAGCGCAACUACACCGCGACGUGCGAGGAGGCUGAACGUCUUCGUGCGCUGGUUGCGGAGACGAGGAGGGAGAACCGUGCCGCCGAAGAAGCGAUCCAGAACCACGGCCUUCAGAUCCAGCAAUUUGAGCGCGACCGCGAGCUACUGCAACAGGCGGUCAACAAGCUUGAGGAGGAUCUCGUCGUCGCCAGGCGCGCACAAGACUCUCUUGACGAGCAGAAGCAGGAGAAUCUCCUGCUCAAGGAGACGAUUGACAAGCUUCGCUUCGAGAUUGAGGAGAUGCGGGUCGUCGGCCGCAAGUCUGGCUUCCUCGAUAACUCUUCCGCUCUCGCCUCGCCCGCCAAGGCUUCCCUCGGCGACUCCAUUAAUCGCAGUCUCGGGCGCGAGAUCGCGACCCAGCUUUCGGAGCAGGACAGCGAGUCGAGCGAUGAGGAGGGCACGGCUGGAGAGGAGGACGUCGACGACAUUAUCAUCACGACCCAUCGCCGCAUCAAAAAGCGCGGCAAGAAGAGCUCGCCUCUCAGCGAGCCGGUCGUCACGCACGUCGAGACCUCGGUCAGCGUCAGCGAUGCCGACGUCCAGACCGACACCCCGGCCAUGCGCGAGUCAGACGUGCAGACAAACCUUGUCGCCGUCCAAGACGACCUCGUCAAGGCAUCCGACGUCAAGCCUCAGAUCGUCGAGGUCCCGCCGCCGCCCCCUCCGGCUCGCACCGAGCGCGAGAUGCAGGAGGAGCUUGCGAAGGGCUUGGGCAUCAAGGUCGAAGCCAUCAAGCAGUUUGUCGAGGCGCAGAAGGGCGCGACCAAGACCAGCGGAGUCCCAGUCAUGGCCGAUGUGCGACCAAGUCGCCCUGGCCGCUGGCGGUCGCGCUUCACGCCUGGUCCAAUCGUUCAGACGCCUGCCUACCUCAUCAACGUCUUCCCAACUUCAGCUCGCCCGUACGUCGCGCAGGUCCUCGACUCGGGCGUCAGUCUCUUCCUGUACACUUUCACCAUUUAUCUCAUCGGAAUGAUCAGCGGAAGUCGCUUCCUCCCUCUCACUCACCGCCACACGCUCGAGAUCUUCUCGCCGCACGACACCCUCGCUUGGGAAGGACUCGCCGUCGGGAACAUGGGAGACAGCGGGAUGGCGCCGGAAGGAAUUGCCAGUCUUUUGCACAAUAUCGUCUGGAGCGGCAUCCGCACCGCUCGACGCGUUCCCCUUUGA